UUCGGGACAUUAUGGGUGCGAUGCGCACCCACUCUCCGUUCAUGUGCUGCUGACAAUCCCUUUAAGACGCCGCUCCCUUCCGCUGUAAAAUUUGGCCGACGUUUCAAACCAGGCAAAAGUGAAACUGAUCGCCCGUCUCAAUUCCCGAAGCCUGAGCGGCUGUCCCACCGGGGGAAGUGAAUGGGGCGAGCGGCGCCGUGGUGAGGCCGGCGGUGGAGCGGGCUGUGUCCAGGCGGCAGUGUGACAGUUUGCUGUGAUGGAGACCUCAAUGUUGCUGCCCCUCCUCGUCCUCGGUAUCAUCCAACAAGUCCAGACUGCGGGGUUAAAGGUGACUUGUUCCCCAUAUCCGAUACUGGCAGAAGUCGGCUCCCAAGUGAUGCUGGAAUGCCAGGUGGUCCCCACCAUGGACCUUCAGAACAAGGAGAUCCGCUGGACGAAGGACGAAACCCUGGUGCACCUCCACCGCUUCGGACAGGAUGAGAACAACCAGCAGGGUGCCAUGUUUCGGGGCCGCACCCAGCUCUUCAAGGACCAGUUCCGCACAGGCAACGUCUCACUGUUGCUGCACAGUGUCAAGCUGUCGGACCGCGGCAGCUACAACUGCUUCGUCGAGGUGGCGCCCGACAACAACCACGAUUCCAAUGUCAGACUGAAUGUUACCAGUGUGGGUGAACCGCCCUCCAUCGACCUGCACCAGUACACGGGAAACGGAAUCAAGCUGGUGUGCGAAACCGAGCAGUGGUUCCCCACUCCCAAGGUGACGUGGAGUGACCCGAGCAAGAGGCCCUUGCCCCAGGAACCCCACACCAUUUUCGAAAUAAACCCGAAGGGUUUCUCCCAGGCGCGCAGCAUCGUCGAGGUGACGGCAGACUCUGGGAACAGCUACACUUGCCAGGUGCAGAACAUGGUCAUCAAUCGGACUCUCACUGCGGAGUUCAACGUGCCAGAUGAAUUCUUUCCCUGGGUAUCCACGUGGGUCACUGGAUUCGUUAUCAUCUUCCUUCUCCUGAUCGCGGUCAUCAUCGGGCUCUACUUCUUCUUUCAGGGUCUCCAGAGGCACAUAGAAGGUCUUGAGAAGCGGCCGACCUCCGCAGAAUUUUACGAACUACAGAGACAACGGGAUUUACUCCAAAAAAAACUGGAUACGCUGCAUGAGGAUCUAGGAAAGAUACGUGUUCUCCCAAAAGUGGCCAUUACAAGAAUCAAAAGAGUUGCCGUUUCUGUGACACUGAACGAUGAGACUGCACACCCGAACCUGAAAGUAUCUCCUGAUCUGACCACUAUGAGCCACGCCACGAAACAGGUGAUUCCUGCUGAAAGCUGCAAGGAGUUUGAGUCCAUGACAGCGGCGUUGGGAAAGGAAGGAUUUAGCUCCGGCAGACACUUUUGGGAGGUGGAAGUGCAAAGCAACUCGGAAUGGGACCUGGGAGUAGCCUUGGACAAGGCAGCGAGACAGGGGGAGAUGCCUUUGAAUCCACACAAUGGAUUUUGGACCAUUGGAUGUCAUGAGAAGGAGUUCAGAGUCAACGACACCACCGGCGCACAGAUCUCCAUCAAACCAUCCGUCCAGGAGAGGAUCCAGAAGAUUGGGAUAUAUGUCAACUACAGUGAGGGAAAAGUGCUGUUCUACGUUACUGAGACAAACUCUCAUCUCCAUACGUUUGAAAAGUGCCUUUUCAAGGGGAUGAUAUUCCCCUUCUUCCACCUCCCAAAGCAGGGAGGGUCUCUGAAGAUUUGUAAAGUUGCUCCUUCAGCAUAAAGAAUUCGUGUCACUUGGGCAUCCCAUGCCAACCCAUCAGAUGCUGUUAUGUCCUGUUUAUGAGAACCAGUAUCUAUGGCCAGCAACAUUCUGGUCUCUCCCACACUCUCCAGUGCCAACGUCAUUAUCUUAUGGUGCAACUGCCUUGUUGACCAACCAAGCCAUCUGCAUCCUUGACUCCAAAUUUUGGGCACUGGCUGGACACCCUGACUUGCUGUGCCUGCCCGCCCGCCCCCAGCAUCUUGUGCCUUCUCUGAUCUCCUUCACUCUGUCUGCCCCAAGAGGCAGGCUCUCAGGUGGCUUCCCAUUUCAAUCCGACUUUCUGUUCCUGUCUUGUACUCCUCCCCUCUCUCACCUCAUCUUAUUCUGUCUUCUUCCCCCUUCCUUUCUGGCCCUGAUGAUGGGUCUUGGUCUGAAAUGUCAGCAGUUUAUGCUCUCCAUAAACCGUGCCUGACCUGCUGAGUUCCUCCCAGAACAUCAGAGUUAGUUACCGUUCUGUUAGUUGGUCACUGCUGGCAGUCAGGGCAGCAGUGAAGAUUCUCCAUCUCUCCCUGUCCUUGGCCGUCCUCUCUAAUGUGCCCCAGGUGUGGUUCACGGUCCUCUCUUCAGCCUGUAUGGUACGGUACCAAGUUGUCCUUGGUCCACCCUUCAGGGGUCAAAUGAAGCUUGACCUCUGACGGUGUUCAGGGCUUCCUUCAUCGUGGCAGUAGCUUUCCUUAGUUUUCACUACUGCCAGUCAUGCAUAUCCUGGGUAGAGACUCAGGAAUACCGUUGCACACUGAUCCAGGAUUCUUCAUUGCUGUUUCCAUCACAAGGAUACAAGGAUACUCCCUACUGCUCAUCUGUACAGUUUCUGUACCAAGCAGUGAUGCAGCGUGUUGGGAUGCUCGCUGCUGCUCAUCUGUAGAAGGAUAUGACUAUAGAUGUGUGAAAACAAACCAGAGACCUGUAGGUUUCCUCCCAGUUUCCUCCCACAUUCCAAAGGCUUCCCUUCCGCCACCAUCAACGCUGCCCUCAACUGCAUCUCUUCCAUUUUGCGCACGUCUGCCCUCGCCCCAUCCUCCUGCCACCCCACCAGGGAUAACGUAACUCCUGUCCUCACCUACCGUCCUCCGCGCCCAGCGCAUUGUUCUCUGUAACUUACACCACCUCCAACGGAAUCCCGCCACCAAGCACCCCUUAAACCCGCUUCUGCUUUGCGCAGGGAUUGUUCCCUACGCGACUCCCUUGUCCACUCGUCCCUCCUCACUGAUCUCCAUCUUGGCACUCACCCUUGCAAGCGGAACAAGUGCUUCACCUGCCUCUACACCUCCUCCCUCACUACCGUCCAGGGCCCUAAACCGUCCUUCUGGGUGAGGUGACGCUUCACCUGUGAGACUAUUGGGUUGAUCUAUUGUAUCCAGUGCUCCCAGUGUGGUCUUUUGUAUAUUGGUGCAACCCGACGUAGAUUGGAAAACUGUCGAGCACCUACCAGAAGAAGCAGGACCUCCCAGUGUCCGCCUAUUUUAAUUCCACUUCCCGUUCCCAUUCCAACAUGUCAUGAUGAGGCCACGCUCAGGUUGGAGGAGCUAGGCAUGAACAUUGAUUUCUCAAAGCCCUCCCCCAUUCCCAUGUCCCUUUCUCACCUUAACUCCUUGCCUGCCCAUCACCUCCCUCUGGCGCUCCUCCCACCUUUUCUUCACCAAUCAACUUCCCAGCUCUUUACUUCACCCCCUUCCCCUCCCGGUUUCAUCUAUCACCUUGUGUUUCUCUCUCUCUAUCUCUCUCUCUCUCUAUCUCUCUAUCUAUUUCUCUCGGUCUCUCUAUCUCUCUCUCUCUCUCUCUCUCUCCACAUUCUUACUCUUGAUUCCUUUUCCCUCUAGUCCUGCUGAAGGGUCUCGGCCUGAAACGUCGACCGUACUCUUUUUUUUCUGUAGAUGCUGCCUGGCCUGCUGAGUUUCUCCAGCGUUUUGUGUGCGUUGUUUGGACAUGCAAAGUCCAGCUCUCUUCAGAUGGAUUGUGCUUUUCGCAAUUUCUAAACUGUGAAAUUACAGCUGUUAUAUUGUGAAUAAACAUAAUACCCAGUUGA